AUGGCAGCUCCCAAGCGCAAAGAGAAGCCGCUCAACUCGCUCAUAGCAGGAACCAUCUCCGGCGCAGUGGAAGGAUUUGCUACCUAUCCAACCGAAUUCGUCAAGACCCGAGCGCAAUUUGCUGUUGCCUCAGGUUCCAAGCCUCCAGGUCCCAUUGAGAUUGUGCGGACGACCCUGGCGCAGAAUGGGGUGCGAGGGCUGUACUCUGGUUGCUCUGCACUGGUCGUGGGAAAUGCUGCAAAGGCCGGGGUGCGCUUCUUGAGCUAUGACAGUAUCAAGCUGGCCGUGGCGGAUAAGACGACUGGUCAACUUUCCCUGCCCCGCUCCAUCCUGGCCGGCUUCAUCGCCGGCAUCUCCGAGGGCCUCUUUGCCGUCACCCCCUCUGAAGCAAUUAAGACGCGCCUCAUCGAGGAUGGCCGCAAGCCUAAAGCCGAGCGGCGCUACCAUGGUCUCUUCAGCGGCUCGGCUCAAAUCCUUCGCGAGGAAGGUCUAGCAGGAGUGUACAGGGGACUGGGACCAACGAUGAUCCGGCAAGGAGCCAAUUCGGCAGUCAGACUUACGACGUACUCUACGCUGCGCGGUAUUGCUACAAAGGACGGACGGAAGACAUCUAGCGUAGAGACGUUUGGCAUGGGAGCCAUUGCGGGCAUCGUGACAGUGUACUGCACCAUGCCCCUAGACGUGGUCAAGACGCGAAUGCAGUCUGCCGAGGCAAGCAAGAACUACACGGGAACACUCAAUUGCGCCGUGACGAUGUUCAAGAAUGAGGGGCUGAGGAGGUUCUGGAAGGGUACCACACCGAGGCUCACACGGCUGAUCCUGUCGGGUGGAAUCGUGUUCACCAUCUAUGAGAACACCCUGGCACUGCUUGACAAGACGGAGCAGGUCGCAAAGGAGAAGGUGGCAGAGGUCAAGACGCACUCGUGA